GACGUUCUGAGAAACGCUCUAUUUAUGAUUGAAGUCUGAAGACGUUUGAACACUUGACUGGUGGAGUUUUAGAAGAAACAUGGCCCCUCAAAGAAAACCCUCAAGCGUCAGUCAGUUUAUCUCUUCAUCUCCAUUCUAUUUCGCCCUCUACGUGAUUCUGGUGCUGCUGGGGAACGUGGGUAACACCACCGUCAUCGCAGUGGUCGGGCAAAGCCUUCUGAGGGAGACGGGAGCCGUCCGAAGCUCUGACGUGAUUUUGGUCAACAUGGCUUUCUCCAACCUGAUGGUGUCGUUGGUUAGAAACACAGUCGUGAUGGUGUCCGAUCUGGGAGUGGAGAUUUUCCUCACUAGAGAUAUGUGUCAUCUCAUGAUGGGCAUCUGGGUUUGGCUGCGCUCUGCGAAUGUUUGGUCGACGUUCUUUCUCAGCGCGUUUCACUUCCAAACGUUGCGUCGGGUCGCCCCACCCAUCAUCACCCUGCAUGGCCCCCGCGGGCCCCCAAAGUCCCUCAUCCUCUGCUUCAUCCUCAUCUGGAGCUUCAAUCUGAUCUACGCCAUCCCAGCAUUCAUCUUCUCCAAGAACGGAGACGAGAACUCCACAGAGACGCUGAUGUUGGUGAGCAGCACCACUCGCCCCCUGCUUGGCUGUAUUUGGGACUUCCCAUCAGUCUACAGCGGCCUGGCCUUCGCCACCUCCUCCAUGGUGAUCCACGAAUCCCUUCCCAUCUGCCUGAUGAGUGUCACCAACCUGGGCUCGCUGCUGACGCUGUACGCUCACGGACACUCCCGAAACACCACCCACCAGAGUCAGGACACGCCGGUCAUCACCCGGAUCCCUGCGGAGCGACGGGCGGCUAAAGUGAUCUUGGCUCUGAAUGUCCUCUUCAUUUCAUCGUGGGGAACAAACGUCAUCUCGGUCAACUACUUCAACUAUAACCGUGGAUCUUCCACAGAGUUCCUGCUCAUCAUCGCUCGCUUCGCCAACAUGAGCUUCAUCGCGUUCUCGCCCAUCGUCCUCGCCGUGGGCCACAGGAAGCUGCGGGCGUUUAUAAAGUCAGUCCUGUCGCAUAUAACCUCUGUAUUUGGAUAAACUUCAGAUAUCAGAGACAUGCUGCGUUAUGAAACUGUUUUCACACAUUUACAGCAGCCAGUGACUUUGUUUGCAUGUCUGAGAAUGGUUUGUAUUGUGUUUAACUGAUUAAACAUGAACAUCUAUGAACAUUAGAUGAACAUCUAUCCGACUCUU